UUAGUUUAACUUACAAAGUUUUAGUCAUGUAUAUCCUCUCCUCUACUCUGGGCUCUAAACCCAAGUGAACAGCGUAGCCGGAGAGAACUAACGGAGCUACAAAGAGUGGCUGCUGCGUUUACAUCAAUUUUGCAGCAGAACUUUUGAUUCAAUGGAGCGCGAAGACGGUGAGCAGCAACCGCGUACAUCGUCGUUUCCACCGUCACCGUCCUCGUCACCGGUUGUCAGCUUUAGAGAGGAGGAGCAAGUGAUGAGCGAAGUUCACCUUGGCUGCCCUCCUAAUCACUCCGGUCCCCAUGUCUCCCAUUUUCCCAUCUCGUUACCACCUCGCCACGAUAAUUCCACAUCGAGACGACAUACUGAUGCAGUUGAAGAUAUAUCAGUUUCAACAUCUACCAAGUUUGACUUGGAUGAAGAUGGUGAUCUUAUUCUAACACGACGCAAAAAAUCACCUAGCCAUCAUCUUGUUUUGACCAUCCAGCACAAUAUCACUUCAUCGAUUCCUAGAGUUGGUUUGCAGGUCUGGAGAGCAGAACUAGUACUUGCUGAUUUUGUGUUGCGUGUGAUGUCUAUGUCAUCUGAUUUUGAUGAAGUUGUUGCGUUGGAGCUUGGGGCUGGUACAGGGUUAGUUGGUAUUUUGCUUGCCCGUGUUGCUAAAACCGUCUUCAUAACAGACCAUGGUGACGAAGUACUCGAGAACUGUGAGAAAAAUGUGAAUCUUAAUGCUGAAAUAUUCCAUGGCAAGGCUUCUGUUCACGUACGUGAACUUGAUUGGAAAGAUUCAUGGCCUCCUCAAGAGGCGAGAACUUCACCAUCCAAAGGAAGGUACAGCUGGACCCAAUCAGAAAUCGAAGAACUCAAGAAAACUUCUUUGCUUCUAGCUGCUGAUGUCAUUUACAGCGAUGACCUGACUGAUGCAUUUUUCAGCAUCUUAGAGAAACUAAUGUCAGACAACCCAGAGAAGGUGCUAUACCUGGCUCUGGAAAAGCGUUACAACUUCGCGCUUGAUGAUCUUGAUGUUGUUGCAAAUGGAUAUUCACACUUCCGCAGUUACCUGAUCACCGGAGAAGAUGAUGCAGGAUGUAAGCAGCUUGAUAGUGCAUCCGAACCUUUCUUUGUUGGCGAGCAGAUUGAUUUGAGAUGCAUUCCAUGUUAUGUGAGGGAUUACAAUAGAGGGAAUGACGUUGAAAUUUGGAAAAUUAAGUUAAAUCAUAGAGCACUCUUCUGAAUUUCGGGAACACACUUGGUAACAUUUAUCUUCAGCGACUUACCUUAUGAUUCGUUUUUAAGAGUAAAAGUCAGUACUAAAUAGGCCUUGUGAUUGCAUUGCUAUGAACUUGAAAUUCAUCUUCAUGCU